AUGUUCCUAGAACAUUCUGAUCCACAAUUCAGUGUCCCAGCUUCCACCAGACAGCUAAACAGCCUGUUGCAGCCAGCGCUAUCCAGAGACCGAGGCAUCAGGACAUCGUCAGACGUGCUGAAGUUUGGUCCCAUGCUGCAGAACGUCCUCAUGGCCGGCUCCAUCACCAAGGCAGUGCAGAUGCUGGGAGCCUUGCUGUCCCUACAGCAACUCAAACUCUUCUGCUCCUCUUCCUCCUCUCAAGAUGAGGGCUUCCAGAAGGACCAGGUCUUUAUAUGCAGCAUCUCCUCCUCCAGCAAAGUGGCAAAGCUCCCAAUCCCCAGCUCCUCAACCAGCGUAGCCAGUCUGAAUCUGACCAAAGACGAUGGGAUCUUUAUCUCCAAGGAGAAGACACCGCAGCAGCCGACUACAACGACGGUUACAACCACUCAAAUCAAAGAGAACAGUCGAAUCACACAAACACCUGGAGCAACAGAUCUCGGUCUACCUGUCCCAGGUGAGCUCCUCUCAGGGUUCAGUAACCCAGCCAACCAGAUGACAGCCCUGGCUCCUCCCCCUCUAGAUCCAGGAAGUGACACCAGAGUACAGCACCAGAAGCAAACUUCCUCUCAGCUCAUGCAAUUCCUGCGAACCAACUGCAGGAACGAGCCAUCCAUGGAGUUGACUGCUUUCUUCCAGUACACCACCUCUGAUUCCACCGCCCCGGCAACGACCUCUGACCCCACCACGGAAACCAAGCAUGCCCAGGAAAUUAAGAAUGUUCUAGAAACUAAGAACCUCAGUGUCCUGAAGAAGGAGCUGUUCUCAGAGCUGCCGGAUAACCAGCUGAACCAAUAUGCCCCGGUGUUCACAGUAAAGCGUGUGGAGUCUGGAGGCUCUCUGAUCUUCAGCUGUAUCAUUGCCACCAAGACAGAGCUCUGGGAUAUAGGAGACGUCUUUACCGAGGCGACAAGGAGCGGUCCUUCCUCUGACGUCAUCACCACCUCAGAGAACAAGAUGUCUGCCGCUAGUGUCCAGUGUCAGAGUGUAGAAAUCUCUAACACGACCCUCCACCCCCCAGCUCCAUCCAUCCACAGCCUACAGAUCAAAGAGGGACAUGUGACGGGGGAGGUUCAGGACGAUAUCAACACCAUCAGUCGGACUCCAGAACUCCAGAGAUUCCAGAACUGUUGUUCCUUUGUUACCCCGGGCAACCAGUGUCUGAACAUUCCAGAGUUCCAGAUCCGUAAGUUUGAGGAGACGGCAGUGGUGGUGAGUCACGUGGUGCAUCCUGGGAACUUCUACAUCCAACAGGCCGACGCCACCCUCCAGCUGGAGGACCUCAACACUGAUGGUUUAGCAGAGCUGAAGUGUAUUCCAGACAUCGGGACCUACGUCGUGGCUUGGUUCCCCCAACAGGAGAGCUGGUGUCGGGCACAGGUGGCCAAGAUAUGUGGCAUGAGUGGAGGACGCUACAGAAUGUUAAUAACCCCUAGGACGCUGCAGAAUGUUAAUAACCCCUAG